GUCGUGUCAAGUUUGGUGUCAAGUGUCGUGUAUUGUUUUUUCCACCCCCGGGCCAGCUUUCCGUAAUUUUCGGUUUCGAGUCUUAUCGAAAUGUGAUCUGAAAGUGUAUUUCUUUUGAAGAUAGGCAACUUGUUAUUGAUUCCAUUCGUUCCUGAACAAAGAUGCCACGCAAGAAGACGCAGCCGGCCAAUGUGGGCGAGGAGCUGCGUAUCGCCGUGACGCUGGCGCUGCAGAACUUCCGACUCCAGGAGGACCAAGCAGAAAUAGAAUUUCCAUCUUCUCUGACAUCUACUGAGCGAGCUUUCAUCCACAAAUUGGCGGACUCCAUUGGGCUGAAGUCGAAGAGCCGAGGGAAGGCGGCCAACCGUUUUCUGACGGUAUACAAGAAGCAUGGCUCGACGAUCGUUCAGGCGGACGCGGUGUUUGCGCUGGCGCGCAUGUCUCGGCACCACGUCAGCUCGCUGCUCUCAAAGUUCCCGGUCACCAACCGGGAGCGACAGGAGCUGCUUCCGCCGACCGAGCGGGACCGGCUGCUCCAGCCCGACGUUCGGGAUGUGAACCGGGCGACGGGCCGACUGAACAGCGGCAUCCCCCAGGUGCCGGGAGCGCGCGGCACCGGCGACCUGAGCCGGGCCGGCCAGCAGCUGCCCAUCUGGCCGCUCAAAGACGACAUCCUGCGCACGGUCGGCCACAACCAGGUCACCCUGCUGGUGGGCGACACCGGCUCCGGAAAAACCACCCAGGUGAGCGAACGACGAGCGGGCAGUGACGGCGGUCGCCGCCGAGCCACCGCCAAACCGCUGAGCGACUGCUGAUUAACUCUGAGCGGCGCCGGGCGUGAGAGUGAUCAUAUCAGCCAUUCCUCAGACCAUGAUGAGGGAGUCUGGUAUUUUGCAGGUUCGGUUUGAUCAGCAUAAUCGUAAAUAUGUGAUUCUUGAGAUACCGUCAAACGGAGAAGUUAUUCUAGUUGUGAAAGGUCACCCCAGACCUUUCACAAGUAACCUUUCUGGCUUAAUUUACAUAGGGUUUUUAUAUUUCCCUUUCUGAUGGCUAUGAACAAUUAAGCUUACCAGGAUUUUGACAUGUACGCUGACCAGUAAAAUGUUUUCAGAAGAAGACUCUUCGUAAAGCAUAGCACUUUGAUUAAUGAAUCAACCUUGGAAGUUGGAAUAACAUGAGUCGACUCCAGUUUCUUUUCAGCUCUCCAGUUUCAGUGUCUCUUUGUUAGGUAGAAUGUGUCAUCGUUUGAACCACAGACAUCCAGCUGUAAAGAAUAGGCUGGGAUAGCGGUACUCUGACCUAUCUGCAAGAUAUCGGCAAAAGGCUACAGGCUAUGGCUGAAUCGCGGAUGGUUUUUGAGCGAAAACAAAUAUCCAUUCUAUCUAAUAAUACCCUGCACCUAUUAGUAGCUCGCAGUGUAUGUCAUGUAAACCGUUCGUUAAAGAAAUAUUCCCAAAGCUUGUAUUAUAUUACACACCGAUGGUUAUGAACGGUACAGCAAUACGUUUGAUCAGUCAUACAUAAUGGUUCCACGGGACCCAUUAUGGGUGUGUCUGUAGCAAAGACCCUGUCCACGAGGGCGUCCGUAGUAACGACAAAGGUUCUAUCCGUAGACUCUGCGUCCGAACUCAUAUCCACCACCGCUGUGUUAGCCGUAAUGACUGCUACCGCCGCGGUUUCCGCGGUAGUAUCCGCCGCCGCCGCCGUUUCCGCGGUAGUAUCCGCCGCCGCCGCCGUUUCCGCGGUAGUAUCCGCCCCCACCGCCUCUGUUUCCGUGGUAGUAUCCACCGCUCCCGGGAUGGUAUCCGCCGCCGCUGUUUCCGCGGUAGUAUCCACCGCCUCGUCUGCUCGGGAAACGGCUGAAGGAUCUGCCUCCGUAGUACGAGCCGGAUCCGACGGCGACUCCGACCAGAGCCACCAGCAGUGUCAGCUGUGGACGGGGACGGCGGUGGGGUCAGUGAGGGGAUGUAAUAGUGACCACCAGCAGCACCAGCUGUGGACGGGGACGGCGGUGGGGUCAGUGAGGGGAUGUAAUAGUGACCACCAAGUACCAGCUGUGGACGGGAGCGGUGGAGAGGUCGGGGUGAGAGGGGUGUAAGGUGGCUGUAGAUAUGGUUACAAAAUCUUGGUUCAGUAGUCAUGAAUUGAUUGCUGUUUGAGCCUUCUGGGGCCGCCAGAACCCGAGAACUCUGUCUUAAGGAUGAAACACAGUUUUUUUUUUGCGUGCAAAUUGCUUCACGCUCCUCCCAUUGGAAUACAUGACAUAUUUUUCGUUCCCAAAUCGUAGCUUGAAGCGCUGAGUGUUGGGAGCGAAACAUAUGCCAUGUGUUCCAGUAGAGGAGCGAGACUGCGAUUUGAACGCGUAAAAGCUCUGCUCAAGCUUUCGCGGGGAUUGAAUGCGCACUCUGCUGAAAUAAGCAUUAAAACUUUGACAUAACAUUUCAAGCUGAGCCAGUGUUUAUGAAUGAUUCAUCAAAAAACAAAAAACAAAAAACAAAAAAACUGGAC